AGCCCCGCAGGAAUCAUGCCCAGGUCCUUCCUGGUCAAGAAGGUCAAACUUGACACGUUCUCCUCGGCGGACCUCGAGAGCUCCUACGGGCGCGCCCGCAGCGACCUCGGAGUGCGACUGCACGAGAAAGGAUACCUCAGCGACUACGCGGGGCCCGCCUCCGUCUACGAUGGCGAUGCCGAGGCGGCCUUGCUCAAAGGGCCGUCCCCAGAGCCCAUGUACGCGGCGGCCGUGCGUGGAGAACUGGGCCCGGCGGCCGCGGGCUCGGCACCGCCUCCCACCCCGCGCCCAGAGCUGGCCACAGCCGCGGGCGGCUACAUCAACGGCGACGCGGCGGUCAGCGAGGGCUACGCGGCUGACGCCUUCUUCAUCACCGACGGGCGCUCGCGCCGUAAAGCAGCCAACGCCGCCGCUCCCUCCACGGCCUCCGCGGCGGCUCCCGACGGCGACGGCGGAGGCGGGGCCGGGGCGGGCGCGCGCGGCGCGGGGGCCGGGGCCGCGGGCCGGGGCGGCGCGCGCGCGGGGGUGAGCACGGAGGCGCGCGCGGGGCCCGGGGCCGGCGGCGCAGGGGGCCGGCACGCGUGCGGCGAGUGCGGGAAAACGUACGCCACGUCGUCGAACCUGAGCCGCCACAAGCAGACGCACCGCAGCCUGGACAGUCAGCUGGCGCGGCGCUGCCCGACGUGCGGCAAGGUGUACGUGUCCAUGCCGGCCAUGGCCAUGCACCUGCUCACGCACGACCUGCGCCACAAGUGCGGCGUGUGCGGCAAGGCCUUCUCGAGGCCCUGGCUGCUGCAGGGCCACAUGCGCUCCCACACCGGCGAGAAGCCCUUCGGCUGCGCGCACUGCGGCAAGGCCUUCGCAGACCGCUCCAACCUGCGCGCGCACAUGCAGACGCACUCGGCCUUCAAGCACUUCCAGUGCAAGCGCUGCAAAAAGAGCUUCGCGCUCAAGUCCUAUCUCAACAAGCACUACGAGUCCGCAUGCUUCAAGGGCGGCGCGGGCGGGGGCGGCCCCGCGGCCCAGGCGCCCGCCGCCUCGCCGCAGCUCAGCCCCGUGCAGGCCUAG